AUGCCGCCCGACCCGGGUAUAGAGGUCGCUGCUCUAGGUGCUGGUGAGUCUGCUGCUCUAGGUGCCAGUGAGUCUGCUGCUCUAGGUGCUGGUGAGUCUGCUCUCUCUGGUACUGCGCCUGCUGAGGCCUUGCACACCUUCAUGCUUGACUCAGGUGCUUCCCGCUGUUUCUUUCGCGACAGUACCACAGUCACACCGCUCCCUGCACCUGUUGCUGUCUCUCUGGCUGACCCCUCUGGGGGCCCAGUCCUUGCUCGUUCCUCCACUGUUCUCCCGUGUCCGGCGGUCCCGUCUGGCUCACUGUCAGGUCUUCACCUCCCCUCGUUUUCUGCGAACUUGGUGAGCAACGCCGUCCUUCAGGAUGUAUGGGUUGACACCUUUACUCCAGGAGGACAGCGUGUGGCGAUCUGUACGUGCUCCCGGACUGGCCGGCACCUGGCCACGUUCACCCGUGCGCCUGGCUCGAGUCUGUACACACUGACUACUGUGUCUCCUCAGGUAGCUGCGUCUGCGUCUGCGUCAGGUCAGCUAGCAGCCCCCUGCUCGUGUCGCGCUCUGUCGCACCAGACCCUCCUUUGGCACCACCGUCUUGGUCACCCCUCAGUGCAGCGCCUUCGUGGUAUGCACUCUCGUCUCCUUGUCUCUGGUCUUCCCAGGACUCUGCCUCCCCUCCCACCCUCGCCUGCCCCUCCCUGUCUUCCCUGUGUCGAGGGGCGGCAGCGCGCCGCUCCUCACUCCUUUGAGUUUCCCCCGACGACUGCUCCCCUGCAGACUCUCCACAUGGACGUGUGGGGCCCAGCCCGCGUCCGUGGACAGGGCUACGAGCGGUACUUUUUGCUGGUUGUCGACGACUACACGCGUUACACCACGGUCUUCCCCUUGCGCCGCAAGGGGGAGGUCCCUGAUGUUUUGAUCCCUUGGAUCCGCGCUGUUCGUCUCCAGCUCCGCGAGCGGUUCGAGACGGACCUUCCCGUCCUGCGUCUGCACUCUGACAGAGGUGGUGAGUUUUCCUCCGACCUCUUGCGGGACUUUUGUCGUGGGGAGGGCAUUCGCCAGUCGUUCACGCUUCCGGCCUGUCCGCAGCAGAAUGGGGUUGCUGAGCGCCGCAUUGGCUUAGUCAUGGAGGUCGCUCGUACCUCCAUGAUCCAUGCGGCUGCCCCCCAUUUUCUGUGGCCGUUUGCGGUCCGGUACGCUGCGCAUCAGCUCAACCUCUGGCCCCGUGUCUCCUUGCCGGAGACCUCGCCGAUACUGCGUUGGACGGGAGAGGUUGGCGAUGCGUCGGUGUUCCGGGUCUGGGGAUCUCGUGCCUUUGUCCGCGAUACAUCCGUGAAUAAGCUCUCCGCCCGCGCCAUUCCCUGCGUCUUCCUUGGUUUUCCCCCUGACGCGCCUGGCUGGCAGUUUUACCACCCCACCUCGCGCCGUGUCCUGCCUUCUCAGGACGUCACGUUCGACGAGUCGGUUCCCUUUUACCUUCUCUUCCCCUACCGCACUGCCCCGCUCCCCCCCCCGCCGCUCAUCCUUGCACCAGGUCCUCCUCCGGUAGACCCCCUCCCCCCUCAGGGUCCUGCUCCCUCAGGUGUGUCUCAGGUAGACCCUGUCGAGCCUGUCGAGGUCGCUGUCGACUCUGGUGCUGCUGGGGGUGCUGAGCCUGCGCGUGCGGAGCCUGGGGGUGCUGAGCCUGAGCGUGCGGAGCCUGGGGGUGCUGAGACUGGGGGUGCUGAGCCUGGGGGUGCUGAGUCUGCUGGAGGUCCUACAGGUGCAUCGUCGAGGCGGGAGCCUCUCUCUCCACCGCAGCUGCGCGAGUGGUUUGCUCGUCGCUGCAGACUUCGCAGGGGAGCUGCUGGAGCUGGGGGGUCGGCCACUGGAGGUACUGGAGCCGCUGGUACUGGAGGUACUGGAGCUGCUGGAGCUACUGGAGUUGCGGGAGCCACUGGUCCCGGAGGUGCUCGUACUGGAGGUACUGGAGCUGCUGGAGCCACUAGUGCUGCUGGAGUUGGAGCUGGAGGUACUGGAGCUGCUGGAGCUGGAGGUGCUGCCGGCGAUGGCGCUGGAGCUGCUGGAGUUGCUGGAGCCACUGGUCCCGGAGGUGCUCGUACUGGAGGUACUGGAGCUGCUGGAGCUGGUGGUGCUGCAGGAGUUGGAGCUGGAGGUUCUGGAGCUGCUGGAGCUGGAGGUGCUGUCGGCGUUGGCGCUGGAGCUGCUGGAGCUGGAGGUGCUGGAGCUGGUGGUACUGCAGGCGUUGGAUCUGGAGACCUUGGAGCUGGGGGUACUGGUGCUGUCGGUGCUGGUUCUGGAGGCGCUGCGCGGCCGCGGCCGUACUUUGUUCCCCUGCUUCAGCAGGUUCUUGGUCUCCCGCCUUCUACUGGCUCUACUCCUCCCUUACUGUGUCCACCGCCUGACCGGUCGCAGUCGCAGUUACAGCGAGCCUCCCCACUGCCUGCUCCUUCUCCUUACACUGGGCCGACAGGAGGUCUUGCGGAGCGUCGUGAGCCUGAGUCUCGUCCUGCGUCACCUGUUCACGCUGGUCGCACUGGUAGUCGUGUUCCACGUCCGCAUCCCCCCCCUCUCCCAGGCACGCACCAGAUGGCACUUCGUCCUUCCUCUGUUCCACUGCGUGUCCCUCUGCCGUCUCCUCCUGCGUCCUCUCUUCCUGACGUUCCUGACCCGCCGUCAGACCUUGCUCGUGCUGCCAGUCCUACUGUCACGCGUCUUCUAGCCACUGUAUUCACUGACCCUUCGUUUGAGUCCACUACUGCGUCUGCCCUAGUUGCUGAGCUGGUUGACUUUGCUGCCGCCCGUUGCCUUGACUACGCUGCUAGUCUUGUUGCUGGGUCUGAGUCUGUCUGUCCUCCGUCCGUCGGGGGUGAGUGUGCUCUUGGCACGGACGUCCUUGAGGACAGACAGGAGGACUUUGAGUGUUUUGCAGCUGCUUUACCUCAUCUCGUAUCCAUGCUGAUUGCACCUGAGGGAGACCCGGAUGAACCAGACAUCCCGACCCCGCGCUCUUACGCAGAGGCGAUUGAGGGUCCCUACUCCUCUCAGCGGCAGACAGCCAUGGACGCAGAGAUGGCUUCCUGGAAGUCCACAGGCACCUACGUCGACGAGGUUCCCCCUCCUGGGGCGAACAUCGUCAGUGGCAUGUGGAUUUUCAGGGUGAAGCGGCCGCCGGGUUCUCCGCCUGUCUUCAAGGCGCGUUACGUUGCUCGAGGCUUCAGUCAUCGUCAGGGAGUUGACUUCUUCCAGACCUUCUCCCCUACCCCGAAGAUGACCACUCUUCGGGUGCUGCUGCACGUUGCCGCACAGCGUGACUACGAGCUUCACUCUCUUAACUUCAGCACAGCCUUCCUACAGGGCAGCCUACACGAGGAGAUCUGGCUGCGCCGCCCACCUGGCUUCACUGGGUUGUUUCCUGCAGGUACCCAAUGGAGCCUCCGGCGGCCAGUCUACGGUCUCCGCCAGGCGCCUCGCGAGUGGCACGACACACUGAGGACGACUCUUGCGGCUCUUGGGUUUGCUCCUUCUACUGCUGACCCGUCGCUGUUUCUACGCACUGACACUUCGCUGCCGCCGUUCUACAUCCUCGUGUACGUCGACGACUUGGUCUUUGCCACUGCUGGCACUGAGGGACUCGCCCACGUGAAGUCGGAGCUGCAGAAGAGACACACGUGCACAGACUUGGGUGAGCUGCGCAGCUAUCUUGGCUUGCAGAUCACCCGGGACAGAGCACAGCGCACCAUUACCUUGACUCAGUCACACAUGGUGCAGCAGGUCCUUCAGCGCUUCCGCUUCACGUACUCCUCGCCACAGUCCACUCCUCUGCCUACCGGUCACUCGCUCUCAGCUCUGCCUUCGGAUGAAUCCGUAGAGCCGAGUGGCCCAGCACUGGGAGGCCGCUAA